AUGGGAAGCAGGUGCCUGUUGCUACUCUCUGGUCUCAGUGUCCUCCUGGCUCUGUCAGGAUUGAAAGCAAAGAAGGCUGGAGUUUCCUGUCCUCCAUGCCCAGAAAAUGCUAACUGCCUCAAAAAUGGCACCUGCGUUUGCAAAGAUGGAUUUCAGUCCGUGUCUCAGGGGUCCUCUCAGAAAUGUGAAGAUAUUGAUGAGUGUGUGACUGGGCGGGCAAAGUGCAAGCAGAAAGCAUAUUGCAGAAAUGGAAUUGGAAAUUACUACUGCAGCUGUAUCCCACAUUAUCCUGUCUUAAACUGGGUGGCUAGUAUCUUUACAUUGAAUCAUGCAGAAUGUUAUGAGGAUGCCAGAAAUGAGACACAGGUACCAGGGGACAUUUGGGAAAUGCUGAGGAACAAUGGAAGCAAAAAGGACAUUGCGAAACAGGCGACCGAACUACUUCAACGUGUAGAAUUGACCAUAUGGAGCAAGAGUUUUGUUUCUCCAGGAAAGCAUGAAGAUUCUGUACUUGACAUAGUUUAUGAAACCAAGGAGUGCAAUGAGACAAGUGAGAAGACUGUUCUAGAAGCUGGAAAUAACACAAUGGAUAUCGAUUGCCCAAAUGCUUUCAAAGGAACCACAAGAGAUAGGAAUGCAGUGGCACUUAUCACUUAUCGAUCUCUUGGGGAUGUUCUAAAUGGAUCCUUUUUCGGUGAUAGAAGAGGGAUAAAGGAAGUCAACCUGAACUCUCAAGUGAUAAGUGGCUCCAUUGGUGCGGAGGGAAAAGUUGAUCUAUCUAAACCUGUGCUCCUGACUUUCCAACAUACUCAGCCAGGUGGUGGGAAGAGAAAAUAUUUCUGUGUCUACUGGAAAGGAUCCAAGGAUGGGGGCAGCUGGUCGACGGAGGGCUGUGCUCACUUGGGCAGCAACGAUUCUCACACCCAAUGCAAGUGCUCCCACCUUUCCAGCUUUGCUGUCCUCAUGGCUCUUGUUCCCAAGGAGGACCCCGUGCUGACCAUGAUCACCCACGUUGGGCUGAGCCUGUCUCUGCUCUGCCUCCUCCUGGCAGCCCUCACCUUCCUCCUGUGCCGACCCAUCCAGAACACGAGCACCUCCCUCCACCUGCAGCUCUCCAUCUGCCUCUUCCUGGCCUACCUCCUCUUCUUCACAGGUAUCACACGGACAGAGCCCGAGGUGCUGUGCAAGGUCAUCGCAGGUGUACUGCAUUACCUCUACUUGGCCGCCUUCACCUGGAUGUUCCUGGAAGGGCUGCACCUCUUCCUCACUGUCAGGAACCUCAAGGUGGCCAACUACACCAGCGCAGGCAGAUUCAAGAAGAGGUUCAUGUACCCUGUAGGCUACGGGGUCCCAGCGGUGAUUGUGGCUGUGUCAGCCGCGAUCAACCCCCAAGGAUACGGCACCGCUAAGCAUUGCUGGAUCAACAUAGAGAAAGGAUUUAUCUUGAGUUUCUUAGGACCCAUAUCAGCAGUCAUCUUGAUAAACUUAAUCUUUUACUCGAUAACCCUGUGGAUUUUGAGAGAUCGACUUUCUUCCCUCAAUAAAGAUGUGUCCAAGAUACAAAACACAAGGAUGCUGACGUUUAAAGCCAUUGCUCAGCUCUUCCUCUUGGGCUGUUCCUGGUGCCUUGGCUUCUUUCUCACUGAACUGAUAAAGGAACCCAUCAGAUCCAUCAUCGCCUAUGCUUUCACCAUCACCAAUGUCCUGCAGGGAGUCUACAUCUUCCUGGUCCACUGCCUCCUCAAUCAGCAGGUGAGAGAGGAGUAUGCGAAGUGGCUUAGGAGUAUAAGUAAAAAGACAGAGUCUGACAGCUACACCCUUUCCAGCUCUACCACCCAAACCCAUGUGAUGGAAAAAUCAUCUAACUUACAGAGAAAAAGAAGAAAUGAUACUUCAGUCUGA